UUAUACAGAGUUAUACAGAGUCACUGGGUGACACUAUUAUACUUGUUGUGAGUUUCUCUCCGGGAAGUGUCUUCUGUUACUGAUCCAGGAUCCCCCAAUAUAUCACCCACAUGAGGUCGACACCCUAAUAUAUCACCCACAGGAGGACAUCACCCCAAUAUCACCCACAGGAGGUCGUCACCCUAAUAUAUCACCCACAGGAGGACGUCUCCCCAACAUAUCACCCACAGGGGGUCGUCACCCGAAUAUAUCACCCACAGGAGGACGUCCCCCCAAUCCAUCACCCACAGAAGGAUGUCCCCCCUUUUCCUGCUCAUUCUGGGGGUGUCAGGUGUCUGCUCUGACAGUCACAUGCUGAGGUAUUAUAUGACGGGGGUCUCAGAUAGAGGAUCGGGGCUGCCGGAGUACUCUUUAGUUGGAUAUGUGGAUGAUAAGGAGAUUGUACAUUAUAGCAGCGACUCUCGACUUGUACUUCCUGUGGCUCCGUGGAUGAGGAAAGUGGAACCGGAGUACUGGGAGAGAAACACACUGAUUGGUAGAAGUAAUGAGGCUAUAUCCAAACAUGAUGUGAGGACAGUGAUGAGUCGCUUCAACCAGACUGGAGGUCUCCAUUCCGUCCAGCGGAUGCACGGCUGUGAGCUGAGAGAUGACGGCAGCACCGCGGGGUAUCGGCAGUACGGAUAUGACGGGAGAGAUUUCCUGCACCUGGACACAGAGCGCUGGAUCUAUAUCCCCACCAUGCACGAGGCUCAGAUCACUGCACAGAGAUGGAACAGCCCAGAUGUACGAGAGAUAGAGAGUAAUAGGAUUUAUCUGCAGGAUGAAUGUAUAGAAUGGCUGAAGAUACACAUCAACAAUGGGAGAGAGGAUCUGGAGAAGAGAGUUGCCCCAGAGGUGAAGGUCACAGGUCACCGGUCAGGCGAGGUCACAAAGCUCCGCUGUCAGGUGUACGGGUUUCACCCCCGGGCUGUGGAUGUGAAGUGGAUGAGGGACGAGCAGGACGAGGUUCUGUCUGUUGAGGCCAGCCGGAUCCUCCCCCAUCCUGACGGCACCUAUCAGAUAAGAGUUACCGUGGAAGUGCCGGCCGGGGAGGAGGAGCGUUACUCCUGUCAUGUGGACCACAGCAGCCUGGAGAAGACGCUCAGUGUGAAGUGGGAGCCUAGAAGUGGCCCCUCAGUCGGGGUGAUCAUUGGUGCGGUCAUCGGGGGUCUCGCUGUUCUCGCACUUGUCAUUGGCGCAGUUCUUAUAUACAGGAGAAGGAACUCUGACUACAAGACCACCAGCAAUGGAGGAGCCACACAGAGGAGAAAUGCUGAGCGCUGCUGCUGCCAUAGACCGGGCAGAUCCCCACCAGUCACCUUGCUUGUCUUCUGCCUAUACAGUAACACAAUACACAGUUAUACAUCGCUGAGCUAUCUGCAUUACACAUCGCUGAGCCUAUACAGUAACACAAUACACAGUUAUACAUCGCUGAGCUAUCUGCAUUACACAUCAGCUGAGCCUAUACAGUAACACAAUACACAGUUACACAUCGCUGAGCUAUCUGCAUUACACAUCAGCUGAGCCUAUACAGUAACACAAUACACAGUUACACAUCGCUGAGCUAUCUGCAUUACACAUCAGCUGAGCCUAUACAGUAACACAAUACACAGUUACACAUCGCUGAGCUAUCUGCAUUACACAUCAGCUGAGCCUAUACAGUAACACAAUACACAGUUACACUUCGCUGAGCUAUCUGCAUUACACAUCAGCUGAGCCUAUACAGUAACACAAUACACAGUUAUACAUCGCUGAGCUAUCUGCAUUACACAUCAGCUGAGCCUAUACAGUAACACAAUACACAGUUAUACAUCGCUGAGCUAUCUGCAUUACACAUCAGCUGAGCCUAUACAGUAACACAAUACACAGUUAUACAUCGCUGAGCUAUCUGUAUUACACAUCAGCUGAGCCUAUACAGUAACACAAUACACAGUUAUACAUCGCUGAGCUAUCUGCAUUACACAUCAGCUGAGCCUAUACAGUAACACAAUACAGUUAUACAUCGCUGAGCUAUCUACAUUACACAUCAGCUGAGCCUAUACAGUAACACAAUACACAGUUAUACAUCGCUGAGCUAUCUGCAUUACACAUCAGCUGAGCCUAUACAGUAACACAAUACACAGUUACACAUCGCUGAGCUAUCUGCGUAAAACAUCAGCUGAGCCUAUACAGUAACACAAUACACAGUUAUACAUCGCUGAGCUAUCUGCGUAACACAUCAGCUGAGCCUAUAUUGUAACACAAUACACAGUUACACAUCGCUGAGCUAUCUGCAUUACACAUCAGCUGAGCCUAUACAGUAACACAAUACACAGUUAUACAUCGCUGAGCUAUCUGUAUUACACAUCAUCUGAGCCUAUACAGUAACACAAUACACAGUUAUACAUCGCUGAGCUAUCUGCAUUACACAUCAGCUGAGCCUAUACAGUAACACAAUACACAGUUAUACAUCGCUGAGCUAUCUGCAUUACACAUCAGCUGAGCCUAUACAGUAACACAAUACAGUUAUACAUCGCUGAGCUAUCUGCAUUACACAUCAGCUGAGCCUAUACAGUAACACAAUACACAGUUAUACAUCUCUGAGCUAUCUGCAUUACACAUCAGCUGAGCCUAUACAGUAACACAAUACACAGUUAUACAUCGCUGAGCUAUCUGCAUUACACAUCAGCUGAGCCUAUACAGUAACACAAUACACAGUUAUACAUCGCUGAGCUAUCUGCAUUACACAUCAGCUGAGCCUAUACAGUAACACAAUACACAGUUAUACAUCGCUGAGCUAUCUGCAUUACACAUCAGCUGAGUCUAUACAGUAACACAAUACACAGUCAUACGUCGCGGAGCUAUCUGCAUUACACAUCAGCUGAGCCUAUACAGUAACACAAUACACAGUUAUACAUCGCUGAGCUAUCUGCAUUACACAUCAGCUGAGCCUAUACAGUAACACAAUACACAGUUAUACAUCGCUGAGCCAUCUGCAUUACACAUCAGCUGAGCCUAUACAGUAACACAAUACACAGUUAUACAUCAGCUGAGCCUAUACAGUAACACAAUACACAGUUACACAUCAGCUGAGCCUAUACAGUAACACAAUACACAGUUAUACAUCGCUGAGCUAUCUGCAUUACACAUCAGCUGAGCCUACAGUAACACAAUACAGUUAUACAUCGCUGAGCUAUCUGCAUUACACAUCAGCUGAGCCUAUACAGUAACACAAUACACAGUUAUACAUCGCUGAGCUAUCUGCAUUACUCAUCAGCUGAGCCUAUACAGUAACACAAUACAGUUAUACAUCGCUGAGCUAUCUGCAUUACACAUCAGCUGAGCCUAUACAGUAACACAAUACACAGUUAUACAUCUCUGAGCUAUCUGCAUUACAUUAGCUGAGCCUAUACAGUAACACAAUACACAGUUAUACAUCGCUGAGCUAUCUGCAUUACACAUCAGCUGAGCCUAUACAGUAACACAAUACACAGUUAUACAUCGCUGAGCUAUCUGUAUUACAUUAGCUCUAUGACCGGUUCCCUGUAUGUGUAGAAUGUACAGUUACCGGCCUCUAUCACACACUGGUUCCUGGGAUUCUCUCUCACAUCAGAUCUGUAAUAAAGGUGUCGGGGUUUCACGUUUAUGCUUUUUAUUACAGUAUUCUAUUAUUUUGAUUUUUUAGCUAAAAUUUAAUAAUGAUUUCCUAAGUCUCAUCUCCAGCGUCUUAUUCCACCUGGGACACAGAAACAUAGAAUGUGACAGCAGAUAAGAACCACUUGGCCCAUCUAGUCUGCCCCGGCUGCUGCCGGUCUCCCUGCUUAUACCCAUCUGAGUGACUCUGGGCUGUGUAAUAAGGAUGUGUCCGGUCACACAGGAACAUGUAGGGAAUGACUGAUAAAUCAGGAUGUGACCAUUGGAUGACACAGGGUAUGAUGGAGGGGUAUAUACAUAUGUGUGAUGGAAUUGUGUGUAGGUUGUUAGGAUGACAGAAAGUCAGCUAAUGGUAAAUCACAUACAUGUAAUGUGCGUCACAUAGGUAGGGAUUGGCCAGUGGGCUAGUGACAGAUCAGGUGACAACUCCAGGUGUACUCCAGCCAUGAAUAACCAUCUUCCAGUGAAAUGAAGCCCUUACAUACAUGUACAGAUAUAUAGACGUGCUAUUUAUCAAAGGUAAUAACAACCACGUGGAAAUCCUGAUAUCAUGUCCUGUUGGCUGUACCACCAUCCAGUCCUGUACUGGAAAGUCCCAUCUACUGUGUGCAGUGACUUAUGUUAGAGCGCAUGGCGCUACUUAUGCUGGAAAUGAACAAAAAAGAUUGUUUGAAUAAAUUUGUUAGAUUACAUAGAUUUACACAAUUUGUCUGAACGGCCUCUGUCUGUUUCCCGGUGUCUGGGAGUAAAUGGAUGAUUGUCACUUGCUCCCAUACAUUACUAGGUUUGUGUUCCCACCAGACAGAUUGGACAGAUAAAUCUUCAGGUUACAAUCUCCAUAGUCACACAAGAUUAUACCAGGGAGAUGAUAAAUAAUAUCACAUUGUGUGGGGGCAUUAUACCAAUAGAUAGGAGUAUUUCUGUGAUUAUCACUUUAAGCUGUCAAUAAAUUAAUAAAAUAAGUGUAAGACACAAA